AUGAACAACUUUGUUGCAUUCCUCAUUCUUUUGUUGACAACUACAACUGUUUUUGCUCAACAACAACAACACCAACAAGAGGCUGAAACUACUACAAACCCUCAAUGGUUUUUCCCUCAACCCGGAUUCGGUUUCGUGUUCCCGGGUUUACCUCCAUUGCCUGCUACUCAAUUACCACACUUUCAAUUACCAACACUUCCUCCAUUGCCUGCUACUCAUCAAUUGCCACACUUUCAAUUUCCAACACUUCCACCAUUGCCUGCUACUCAAUUUCCACACUUUCAACUUCCAACACUUCCACCAUUGCCUGCUCAAUUUCCACACUUUCAGUUUCCAACACUUCCUCCAUUGCCUGCUCCUCUAUUCCCUUUUCCACCACCCGCCGCCGCCGAUAAACAAGCGUCGGCUCCUUCUUCCAAGAUCGGAAGUUAA